ACGAGUUAGCCUUAGGAAGCCAGCCGCGUGGCUCAUGAUUUUCAAAUGCACCCGCCAAUUCUCUCUCACUCCCCACCUUCGUACCAUUACCUCGUGUCCCCUUUCGCUUCCGUCGCCGUCGCGGUCGCCACCGCCACCGCCACCACCAUCGAAGCCUCCGAGCUUAUCCAAUCUGGCAGAUCAAUGCCUUUGCAUGCACCAGCUCAAGCAAAUCCACGCCCAAAUGAUCACCACCGGUCGCAUCCGCUAUGACAACUACGCGGCCAGCCGCUUGCUCGCCUUCUGCUCCCUCUCGGAUGAUGGAGACCUUAAUCAUGCUUUCAAAAUAUUCUCUAGCAUCCAACAACCGAAUUCUUUCAUGUGGAAUACUCUGAUCAGAGCGCUAGCUAGCAGCCCAACGCCUCAGAGAUCUUUGUCUCUCUUUGUUCAAAUGCGAAGGCUCUGCAUUGCUCCCGGUAAACACACCUUCCCUUUUGUUCUCAAGGCCUGUUCUAACUUAAAAUCUUUGUGUGCGUCUACUCAAAUCCAUGUCAACGUUUUGAAGUUUGGGCUAGACUCGGAUUUGCACGUGGCUAAUGGCUUGAUCAGGGCUUACUCUGUUUCCGGCUGUUUGAGCCAUGCCCGAAAAUUGUUCGACCAAGUGUCUGUGAGAAAUCUGAGCAUUUGGACUACGAUGAUAAGCGGGUAUGCACAAUCUGAUUGUGGCAGCGAGGCAAUUCAAUUGUUUCAUGCAAUGAUCACCCAUGGCUUUGAGCCCAAUGGAGUUACUUUGGCUUCAGUAUUGUCGGCUUGUGCUCAGUCUGGUGGUUUGGAAUUGGGAGGACAGAUUCAUUCUUAUAUGCAGGAAAAAAGGAUUGAAUUGGGAGUCAUUCUUGGGACGGCACUAGUUAAUAUGUAUGCUAGGAAUGGAGCGUUUGUGCAGGCACGCCAGUGUUUUGCUAGUAUGCAAGAAAGGAACAUAGCAACUUGGAAUUCAAUGAUAUGUGGAUUGGCUGUUCAUGGCCAUGCUAAAGAAGCCCUGGAUUUCUUUAAGAAGCUGGAGCAAGAGAAGGUGAGACCGAGUGAUAUUACAUUUAUUGGAGUCUUGUCAGCAUGCUGCCAUGCUGGAUUGUUUGAUUUUGGUGGGAGAAUUUUCCAUUCUAUGAGCAGGGCGUAUGGGAUUCAGCCUAAGAUAGAGCACUAUAGUUGCAUGGUUGACCUUCUUGGCCGAAGUGGGAAGUUACUGGAGGCUGAGGAGCUAAUAAAAGGAAUGAAAUGGAAAGCCGAUGUAGUGAUUUGGGGAGCCCUGUUGACAGCUUGCAAGAACUUCAAGAAUACUGAUGUUGCUGAAAGGGUAGGAAAGGAAAUUCUUGCUUUGGAUCGACAAAACCAUGGGGUUUAUGUUGUCUUGUCUAACAUGUAUGCAGAGGCUGGCAGAUGGGAAGAUGUGGUAAAGCUGAGGAAGUUUAUGAAGGAAGGACGUAUGAAGAAAACACCUGGGUGGAGCCUAGUGGAUGGCGCUACUUGAUCUUGUAUGCAUGUUUGAUUGCUGGGCAAGCUUUAAUUGCAUUCUCCACCAUGAUGAGGAUCAGAAUCGUGCAAGGAGAUCAUGAUUGUAAGAUUUUAGUUUCACUCCAAAAGAUGACGUCGAGGAAAGUCAGAUCUGAACAUGUUGCCACAUUGGCGAAUUUGAAGGAUGGAUAAUUUUUUAACCUAGAAGUGCAGUUUGUAGUCCAUCAAUGCUGGAUAAAAGUCCUAGGUCUCGAAAGUGGUCAAGUCAUAGCAAGUAUGAAGAGAAAUGGCUUUUUUUGGUCCACAAGUUGACCACUCUUUAGGUCUGUGGUUAGGGAUGGAUCUUUUUCUUUUGAAAGGCAGAGAAGCACACUUCUAUCUACAUUCUGCAAUAGGGGUGCAGAGAAUUCGAGUAGCUUGAAUCGAGCUCGCGAGUAGCUUGGUUAGCUACUCGAAUCGAGCUCGAGCAAAUUUGAGCUCGAGGCGAUUUCGAGCUACUUGCUACAGUAAACGAGUCGAGUUCGAGUAAUUAAUGGCAAGAAAUUUUAACUCGUCGAGUAGCUUGAGCUUGGUGGCCUAUUUGUAUAUUUUAUAUAUCAAUUUACUCUUUUAGGUUUGUUAGUUAGAAUAUUUAUGGGCUUAACCAGUUAUGUUGUAAUAAUAAUGAAGGGUGAAUAAGUAAUUUUGGCUCGUAAACUAAAAACGAUGAAAUGCAUUGCAAACUCUGUCCUUCAUUCGCCUUCUUCGUUCCUCUUCAGUCUUCAGAGUUCAGCUUACCUCUCAAAUCCCAAUCUCAGUCUUUGGCUCAUCUUCUCAAAUCUCGAUUGUCACAACUCAAAAAAAUUGGGGGCUGCUGCUGCUGCAAUACUUGUAAUGGUUUCUGAGCUCUUGAGUCUUGACUUAGAGGAAGCUCUUGAGUCUUGCGCGCUGCUGGCGCACGCCGUGGAGGAGAGGGCGUCGCGCGCUGGCGGAUGACUGCGCGCCGUGCGCAGCUGCUGCUGGACUGCUGCGGCUGAGUUGCUGCUCGAUCUGCCUAGAGGUGAACUGGAGCGCAAGGGGCAGGCUGCUCGCAAGGGGGCGACUGCGGUUGAGUCGCGCAGGGGUUGCGUGAGAAGGAGCUGCUGGUGGCGAGGCGCGGCUGGGCAACAGGCGCGAUGGGCGGCAGUGUGGCGUGCGGCGAUCUGGCGGGGUGCAAAGUG